AUGCCCGAUAAAUAUUUUGGUUCGGGUGAAAAAGCCAGCCAAGGAUUUCAUUUUUUAUCCAAUAUUAAUAAAGAGGGCUUUCCCGUUACUGAAGUUAAAACUGGUCCUUAUGGUGAAAGAGUUAGUAACUCUGUUCCGAAAAUAGUAAAAUUGUUAGCCGACGAUGGCUUUAAUAUUGUUAUUGACGAACUCAGUGGAUUAGAGCAAACGCCUUCUAAGCUACUUCUGCAAGCCUGGAAGGAUUGUCGAGGUCAUUUGCUUGUUAUUCCCAAUAAGGAGAAAUUCGGUGACAAUUCCGAAAAAUUUGUACCUAUUGGAACCUUAGCUAAAAUUAAUUUGGAUAUUUCGGCAGAAGCUGAUCUGGAACCAGAAUUAGAUGAAUUAACUGAGAAAUUCGUUCGUCAUCUCCCUGAUAUUCUCGAAAAAUCUAAAUUGAGUUCGGUUGAGAAAUUACCUUAUAUGACUAUGAUGAGGGGAAAUGAACGGCUGGAAAUUUUAAUCAACAUACCAGACCGGCAAAAGAUUGACAAGGAGGUUGAAGAUAAAACAAAAGAGGCGAUUAAAGAUCAGCAAGAAGAAUGA